CUUCUCCGCCUCCCUGCGCCUGUCUGUGCACCCCGCACACCCGCCCCCCCCCGGUGACACCUGCCUCAGGAUGGCCUUAACGAUCUGCACGCGAUUUACCGACGAAUAUCAGCUGUUCGAGGAGCUGGGGAAGGGGGCAUUCUCUGUGGUCAGGAGGUGCGUGAAGAUCUCCUCUGGACAGGAGUAUGCUGCCAAAAUCAUCAACACCAAGAAGCUUUCUGCAAGAGAUCAUCAAAAGCUGGAGAGAGAGGCGAGGAUUUGUCGUUUACUAAAGCACCCCAACAUUG